CUUCCGGUGGUGUUGGCGGGCAGAACGGGAUCUUUCCUGGUUGAUAGUGACGCUGAGGCCAUUGUGUUAUUUCAUUGCAAAGCACAUCAAGAAGAAGUCGAAUCACAGCCCGCCGCCCAUCCUUCUGGUAGUUUCGUGAAACCGCUGACCGGUUCACGCGUCCAACACGACCCGACCCCGUUCCGUGUCGAGCUCCAGGCCCUCCGCCUCCUACAGCGCCCUGAAGCAUUCUCUGUGAAGGCUCCCUCAGCAGACGUCAAGCUGGCGACCGUUGCAGCAAAGAAAGGCAAGAAGGCCGAGGAGGAGGAGCAGCCUGCAGCUCCUGCAGCUGACCCAGCCCCGGCACCGGCACCAGCAGCAGCGGCGGCAGCAGCAACGCCGGCAGCACCACCUGCAGCUCCAGCAGCAGCAGGAGGACCAGGAGCACCAGCAGCAGAGGAGGAAGAAGAGGAGGAGUAUGUGGUGGAGAAAGUUCUCGACCGCAGAGUGGUGAAGGGCAAGGUGGAGUUUCUGCUGAAAUGGAAGGGCUUCUCAGAAGAGGACAACACCUGGGAGCCACAGGACAACCUGGACUGCCCCGACCUCAUCGCAGAGUACAUGACGAAACACAGAGAGAAGGAGGAGAAGAAGAAAGAAGGCAAGAGGAAAGUUACUAGUGAGGCCUCUGGAGACCCGGAGGAGCGAGGGAGCAAGAGGAAGAAGGAGGAGGGGGAGAAGGCUCGAGGUUUCGGCAGAGGUCUGCAGCCGGAGAGGAUCAUCGGAGCAACGGACUCCAGUGGAGAGCUGAUGUUCCUCAUGAAGUGGAAAAACUCUGACGAGGCCGACCUCGUCCCCGCCAAAGAGGCCAACGUCAAAUGUCCCCAGGUGGUUAUCUCUUUCUACGAGGAGCGCCUCACCUGGCACUCCUACCCCACCGAGGAGGAGGAGAAGAAAGAAGAGGAGAAAAAGGACUAGAUGAGCGGUGAAAGAGGUUCAAAAGAGGAGAGGAAGGAAGGCGCAGGGCAGGGAAACAACGACAUGCUGGUGAACUGUUGUCCAGGUUUUUUUGAUUCUAGCAGCGACUUUGGCAGCAGAAGUGGAGGAAACCCCCCACACGGCUGAGAUUAAACCGCCGACGUAGCUGCGAGAGAGGAAAAGAAGUUUGUUUUCCUGCCCUGAAAGGAGACAUCACCCUCCCUCAAAAGAUGCUCCCACCUGUAUCUGGACUGAAAAUGUAUUGUUUCUUUUCUAAGAGGUAUGUUGACAUCCUUAUCUUCGUGUUUUCCCUCACCAAGAACUUGUCGCCUGAUGGGAAUUGGUGCCUUUUGUUCUGCUAGUUUUCCUUUUUGGCAUCAGAAGCCAGAAUCUAGAACUUAUUUCAGUGAAAGUGUUUGUCUCAUACAUUCGGUGACAGGUGCCUGGUGUUGGAAAUAAGAGGAAAAACAACACGAGCUGUCAUGCUACCUCUUUUUAACUUGUGUGUGAAUGUUUGGCUGUGGCUGGAAAGUUUGCCCCUGACAAAUCUUCGCUCCUCUUCUAAAGUAUACAAAGUGGUUUUUUUGUUCUGUUUGGAGGUUUGGCGGUUUGAUCAGAGGGCACAAACUUCCCUCCCGCUCUGUCGGGAUACAUGGGAGGGAUCUUCUUUUGGAAGGAAACGAUGCAGGAUUCAAUAUCUGUUCUCUUUGUGCCACCCUGAGUUCUCAUUCUUGCUGACGUAGCAUUGUUCCGUAAUCAAAACUCUCAAACGCCAAAAGACAACCGUACAUGUCACUCCAACAUGAACACACUACACAGAGGGGUCACUUGAGAACAGACGUGACCCCGUGUGACCGAGCAGCCAGUGCAGUCGCCGACCAGCCGCUUUUCUGCUACGUUUUUAGAAAGUUUGAGUCAUUCCAGCCGUGAACGUUGCACCUACCAAAAACUUUGACUUCACUCCCCGUCUGAUUUUUUUUAAUUUAGACUAAAUCUGUUUUUUAUCAAGAUAUCUGUGACGGCUUAGUUCUCAUUUUGUGAAGUUCAGAGGUUUCUUUGCGGUGACGUUCAAAAUGUUUAGCCACAUAAUUCCUAUCAUACUAGUUCUAGAUUUGAGGUACAUUUUUAGGAUGCCGCUCUCUCUCUCUGCUUAAGUAUUUUCUCUAACACAGUAAGUAGCAUGGGGUGAGUAGAGUCGGCAGUGAAUACUGUAAAUUAGGAUGCCAGGUUUCAGAAGAAGAGAACCAUACUUUGGUGGACUGAUUUCAGUUAAUGACCCUGCUGCUUUGGCUGGUUUGAUUCCCAAACUUUUCAGAUGACAUUUUUAAGAGUCUGAACUUUUAGUUGGAAUUAGUUUCAAAAUAUACGCUUAUUGUAAAACAAAGAAAAUGAUGCCAUGGUUGAUGAAGUGUUGCAUCAUGUAGUUCGUUUCAAUCCAAAAUGAUGUAGAAGAACUCUGUGGAAAUAUUAUUCUCCAUGGAUCUGUAAUCGGUGAGUUUAGUUCCUGUUCCUAAGUGGGCUCUCUUCUUUGAGGGUCUGGUUGGUGACCUGCACUGGCUGCUUGAACGCAUGAACAGAAGCUGAAUUAUCAGCCGGCUGGAUGUGAUCUCUCACACUGCUGCAGAGACAAACACUGGAUGAUUUUUUUAUUCAGCAGCAUAUCUUAGUGCAUCUUUAAAAAAUGUAAAAAUGAAGGAAUAUUGUGAAAAGGUUAGAUAUUUUACAUGAGUUGAGUUAGAAAGUGAAAGUCUCAUGAAUUUCAGACUCAAACCUCAAAUAUUUCAGGUAUUUUUAUACUGUAAAAUUGAUAAUGAUGGACUAAAGUUAAAAAAAUACUUAUACUAUGUCAACUUUUCCAUGAAAUUCUGAUCAUUUUUUCCCUUUUUUUGAGAUGCACUAGUGUGCAGCUGAGCCUCAGUGUUACAAGUAGAAGCGAAGUCCUCUUAAAAGUUCUUCUGUAAACCACUUCUUGUGCACCGUGAUGUUUCUUCUCAACAGUGUGGAGAUCACCCAGCCGUCCAUCAGUGAACCCUCAGCUGUAGUCUGUCUGCAUUCUUCUUUUGGCUAAAAAGACAAAGGACCACUUUGGUUCCCUGACACCCACCCCAUAAAAACACACACCUUUGUUACACUGCUACAGGAGAUGUUUGAGAAGUAUGUUUUAAAAAUCUUUUAUUUCCACCACCUUGUUUUUAACCCUCACACACUCAGUGUGUGGAUUCAAAGCUGUAUUAUGUUAGCUUACACCGGCCGAGCAACACUCGAAACAUGACAGAGCUUUUUUAGUCUUUCUUUUAAAAACGUUUCUUUUAAACCCUUGUCUGAAAAUCUGAAAGAACAAAACUGACAACGCUUUUUAAUUCAGCAUGUAUAACAUGGCUACUCCUCCGCUGCUUUCUACUUUCCAGUGUGUCAUGUUUGGAAUGUUUCUCGGCUGUGCUUAUUUCUAAGUAUUCUGUAUUAGCGCUAGAGUCGUAGCUACCUGUGUUGGCAGACCGGGGCGGGCUAAUUAAAAUCCCAGAGCUAGUUCUUUUGGUUUACUCUUUACCGCGGGGGAUUAGUCAGAUAAUAAAGGAUUUAAAAAAGUUUCUGUUACUCUGAUGCAUCAAUAUCUGUACAGUGUUCAUGCAUAAAGACUCCUCCAGUGGACAUUCAGUUUUUAUUAAAGCUACGCUCUCGACUUCGACACAGUUUAAUGUGAUUGAGUAAAACUGAGGGUUUGUCUUAUUCGUGCAUCGGGUUCAUCAGUAUUCAGAUCAUUCUGACUGCCUUCUGUUUUUAGCUCACCUUCGCCAGGUACGGGAUUGAAAUUAGCAGCACCGGGUCUGCCUGUUUAGCGUUUCUAUCUUGUGUCUUAAACUUUUCUCUGUAUUUAGUGGAUUAGCUUGUGUUGUCCUGUUGCAUGUAUAUUGGUUUGUCACCGUCAUGGCUGGUCUUCUUUAAAUUGUCUGUUUUGACAAUAAAGAUUUUUUGUUUUCAUAAA